GCUAGCUUCAUACUCGUCACUAUACGGUACACUGUUGUUUGUUAAAAUUUUAGCUUUAUCCUUUUAACUUAUAGUGAAACAGUUUCUAUCGUUUAUGCUCGUGUUGUGGUUUUCGUCGUGACUUUUACAGUUAGUCUUGCCGUUGUAGUUAGUUUAUUACUUGGCUACACCCGAUAAUUAUUCAGAUUGACCGGUACCAUCGUACCACCGCAGUUAAACACUUGUAGUUAAUCUUUUUGGCGUUUAAGUAUAAUAAAGAUUAGAGAAGAUGAAACUAGUCGACAAUGUAGUCCGUAGCUUUAAGGUAGCUAAAGUGUAUCGUGAAAACACUGACAAAAUUAACAGUUUUGACUUUUCUCCGGCCGGUGACUACAUCAUAUCGUGUAGCGAAGAUGAUCAAAUAGUCAUAUACGACUGCCAGAAAGGUGAACUGUCUAAAACUAUCAAUAGUAAAAAGUAUGGUGUUGAUCUCAUUCACUUUGCACACACCAAAACUACUGCUAUACAUAGCUCUACCAAAGUUGACGAUACUAUCAGAUAUCUAUCACUGCAUGACAACAAAUACAUUCGUUAUUUCACGGGACAUACCAAGAAAGUCGUAUCAUUAUGCGUAUCGCCUAUUGAAGAUAUGUUUGUAUCUGGUUCCUUGGAUAAAAGUCUAAGGCUUUGGGAUUUGAGGUCACCAAACUGUCAAGGGUAUAUUAAUGUUCUUGGACGACCAGUUGCUGCUUUCGAUCCAGAAGGUUUAGUUUUAGCUGCCGGUAUUAAUUCUGAAACUCUUAAAUUGUUUGAUGUCAGAUCAUUUGACAAAGGGCCGUUCAUUACAGUUAAGUUACCACAAGAAAAAGAAUGCGACUGGACCGAUCUCAAGUUCAGUCAAGAUGGGCGCACUAUUCUUAUACCCACAAACGGGUCAUUAAUCAGACUUAUCAAUGCUUUCAACGGCACCCCUAUGCAGACAUUUACAGGUCAUUUAAAUAACAAAGGAAUUCCAAUCGAGGCGUCAUUCAGUCCUGACUCCCAAUAUAUAUUCAGCGGCUCCACAGAUGGCCGUAUUCAUGUGUGGAAUGCUGUUAGUGGCUAUAAGAUAUGUGUUCUCAACGGUGAUCAUCCGGGACCAGUGCACUGUGUAAAAUUCAAUCCUAAGUAUAUGAUGAUGGCUUCUGCAUGUACAAAUAUGGCAUUUUGGUUACCAUCAUUGCUUGACGAAGCAGCCAGUUAAAUAUAAAAUGGUAAAAUGUAUAUGUAAUUUUUGAAUCAACUUAUCGAUGUAAAUAAAGUUCAAUUUAUAUUUUUUCACAGUCAGAAACAUUUAAAUUUAAUGUUACAUUUUUUACAUUUUUAAUUAAAAUAUUGGCUACAAUUAAUCUAUUCUUUCUUUUAAAGAUUCGAAUUGUUGUACUUGUGUUUGUAUAUUUAAACGAUCAUACUAUUAUGUUAUAUUAUUGUUGAUGUCUUUUUUUUUUAUUUUAUUGUCUAAUAAGUUUGUUCUUUGUAGGCCUUAAACAUUCUAAGAAAGUGUUUGUAAAAAACAUUGAUAAAAUCAAGUUCAAUAAUAUUGGAAAAUAUUAAUUACAAUAUUGUUGCGGUACAAAAUAUUUCAAUACUGUAUUUUUAACAAUUUAAAGGCCACAGCUGUACCAUUCUAUUUAUGAUAGUAUUUACGGUUUAUUGAAUUUGUAAUCGUAGUUAAAAUUUAGUUGAACCUAUAAUAUACAUUUUGUGAAUAAUUUAUUCGAAGUUGAGGAGUAGAGGUAAAGUUUAGAUAACUUAUGGACUAUGGUCUAUUAAAUACCUUUAUUAGUAAUUAUUUUCACAAAUAAUUAAAACAUAAUUCAGAUUUUGUAAUGAUCAUUUUAUAUUUAUAUCAUUUUAAAACUACAGUAAACAUAAAAUCAUACAAAUUUUGAAUUGAAUUAACGAUGUCAACUAGUACAUUAAACAAGCAAACACGCUAAUAAUUUAAGUUUUUGUAUCAUUUUUAAAAAUUAUAAUUUUAAAAGACAAAUAAGAAACUGGAUGACCUAUUUAGUGUCUCGCCCAGUUUUGAAAAUGUUAACGUUAAAAAUAAUAACAUCACUAUAUUAUGUUUUAUUAUUAUUAUAAAGUUAAAAUGUAACAUUUUAUAAUUUUUUGAUAUAAAAAUAAGGGGAGAGGGGAGUUUUUAUGUUAAUAAAAUAUAAUGUUGAAUUA